UCAGUGUUGCGAGCGGGAGUUGCUGAGGGUAGCAGGUUCGCUCGUUUCAAACCUUCCAUGCAUGUCACCAGCACUUCGCGAGCCUUCCAUGCGGUUCGUCAAGCACGUUCGGAGAUGCCCAGGUUCGCAGGUUCGUCAUGGGACAGCAGAGGGUUGCUUGGCACGAUCAUUUCGAGGUCAGACAGGUGUCCACACCACCCCGCUUGCUCCUGUCACAGCCGAGGGUUUCGAUCAAGGGUUGCAGCUCAGCCUGGCGAGGAAUACAUAGGGAGAAGUCACACCAUUGCUCUCAUCCUGCGACAGGAUGUCAGCUUUUGGGUAGGAUAGGUUUAGGAUCCCUCAGGGAGUAGGAAACUAGCCACAAGGCAUGGUUCUUCCGCCUUCGGCCCGCACAACGUUUCCUGCCCUUAUAGUCGACGCUUGCUAACAGCCUGCGUUGUAUCAGCGUACAGGUUUUUUUCUCUGCCAGGUGCCAGUCUGUUUCCCGAAGCGACAACAGACAAGCAGCAUGGACGUGGACAAGCUUCAACGGGGAGCAUUAAACUUGAAGAUGAUUGGCUUUUCUCCGUGACGUUUGGUUUGUGUUCAUAGGGUUCUGAUCUCCCACCUUUCCUUGUAUCUCAUAUUGUUCGCUCUGUCUAGGACCUUGUUUGUUGUCUUUGCACCUUGCCCUUAUGGGUGCGCUUACGGGGCGGGUGCCGAGAUCAAUGAAAGUAUUUUCGUGGGGGGGCUAAGCCCUCCUUGUGCUUGUUAGGCGCGGUAUAUCCGUGCCUUGCUUGCUUGCGUUUCUUGCGUUCGCCUCGUUCCCUGCCUCUUCGACGAGCUGCGAAGGAGCUAGUGAGACGCGUAAGACCGCGUUACAACAUGCGACAUGGAGUGGAAUACUGCGAACGUGUCACGAUGACAGACGGUGCUGUCGCUUCAGGCCAGUAACUUGGAACAGCGGAAGAACAAAGGUGGUUGUUCCACCAGAACUGGUGACGUUGUUGUGACUGACACUGUAAAUAUUGAACCAUGUGUUUAUAUUUUCUUCUGUGGAAUGUUUAAUCACGAUGAAGCAGUUACCUCCGUUCUAUUCCUUGGGUUUGGAAUAAUGCAUGUUAAGCUAUUUCUGUUCUGUUUAACUAUGUCAUUCUCUGUUUUGCAGCUUCGAGCAGAAAAUCAGUUCAGCUUACCUGCAAAUAUUAGAAUACCGUGGAGCUUAUCAAGACCAUGUUGAGAAUGGAUAAUGCUGAUAUUGCGCAGUUACUGGGAAAUAUUGGAAGUCUUCGUGUAAUGGGUAUGUAAAUAAAAUUACAACUAAAAA